ACAACACCUAAUAUCGUACCGUUUCAAAACAUUCGGCUGACGUAUGACGCUCCUCUACACUUGCAGAUUCCACUCGAAUCGUUCCAGCAAACAAGACGUCACAACCAAUUCGCUGGCCCGAGGUGCACACCGCACUCGCACUUAUUCACCGCCUACUAAGUUAACGAGUGCUAACCUCAAGCGCAGCUUUAUCCCUGUCUUCACGUACCUACAGCUUCACACUGUCGUUUACUGGCUGCCCGACUGAAUUCCUGUCGCGAUGGGCUUGAAAAAGUGGCUGGGCCUCGACUUCUCGGCACCGCAGCCUGUGGGACACAACGCUAAGGGCGACGACGUGGAAGUGGAGGAGCCGCUGGGCAUUGGACGCCGACAGCAGCAACGACCUGAGAGCCACCGCCGCCACACGGCGUGGGAGGCGCAACAAGGACAAAGCCGCACACACGCGUACGCACCGACGCGCCAGAGUGCGCCGCUCCAAGGACGCCACACGCUGAGUUCUAACCAACAGCCAGAACGCCGCUUCUCCUCCGACGCUAACGAUAACGAUACCAUCUCUACGAUGGUCACGGCGAUGCAGUCACCGCCACCUCGGUACGAUUCGGACUCGGACGUGUCCAUCGGAGCCGACGACGACUUUGCGCCAUCCCCAGCGAUGCCUACUAGAUUGGAGCGAUCGAGAACCACGACGGCAGCAUCACCUGCGAGCUCGACUCUGCAACGCAACAGUGUCAGCAACGCCUUCCGCUUUUCGUGGAUGAACAUUCUUGGUCAGUCAACAAACUCGGAGAUGGAACAGAGUGUCAUGGCCCAAGUGGCCGAGGAAGAUGAAGCUGCCGAAGCUACUGGGCAAAACACCCGCGCAGUCAGUCAGACCCCUCGCAACACGACGCACAAUCCUGACGUGGCAUUGCGACCGCAAGACGACGAGAUGGGCGUAGUGAUGCAGGGCUGGCUCGAGAAAUGUGGUCAGCAAUUCAAGACUUGGAACUGGCGCUUCUUCGUGCUACGCAACGAUGGCGUCUUGUCUUACUACAUGGAUGAGACUCUCAAGAAGCUGAAGGGGUCUAUUGACAUUGGAUAUGGCUCCAAGGCAGACGUAUCGGUGCAGACCAACUCCAUGGAUAAAAAGUUUGUCUUUAUGAUCGCCACGCCGCAGCGCAACCUCAUGAUCUCGGCUCCAUCCCAGCGUAUGAUGUCCAAGUGGAUCGCUCGACUACAUGCAGCCGGCGCAGUGCCUACUGAGCCAUGGGAUCCGCUUCGUAAGACUGUCAAGUUUUACGUGCGCGAUACAGAGUGUAAUCACGAGUGGAAGCGCUACGACGACCCCACCUCUUACAUUCACAUGGAAGGCUGCCUGCUCAAACGUGGCCACGUCAACAAGAACUGGAAGAACCGCUUCUUUCGCAUUGAAAAGGGCGAAUUGAAGUACUAUACCGAGAACCAGAGCGAGAUAAAAGGCUCAAUUCCACUGAAAGACACGAUCGUUAGUCCCGGUAUGGCACAAUGCCCUGACGGCCGGAAAUACUACUUUGUGUUGACGUCCAAGGACGGCAAGUUCGAGAUGCAUCUGAACGCACACAAUGAAAACUCGAUGCAUUUGUGGAUCGAGGCGUUGCAAGAAGCUCAGACAGCUUUGGGAAGAAUGGCCGGCAAGAAGGGUACGGUGGCGGGUUUAUCCCUUGUGGUUAAACGCGCAGAGGAGAUUCCAUUGGGCAAAAUUGGUGUGCUGUUCAAAACCCCCGAGGAUAUCGACAUUGAAAUGCAAAAGCGCACAGAGGCUCUGAUCGUGGCAUCGAGUCCUAGAAACCGCGGAGUCGCAGUGGGUAGUCAGCUAAUCUCUGUUGAAGGCCGCAGUAUCCUUCGAGAGACGUACGCAGAGGCUCGUAAGAUCCUUCGAGCAUCUUCAUUCCCGUUGCGACUGGAAUUCCUACUACCGCCGUUUAAGCGUGGUGUUCUGAUCAAAAAGUCCCGCUCGGGCUUUGAGAACUGGAAGAGACGUGUGGUUAUCGUGACGAAUGGUGAGAUCCACUACUAUAAGCAAGUGUCCUCGUAUAGUGGAGGCAAAAAGGCCCCCGCGGAGCUCAAGCACCGCAAGUCCUUCUCACUCUACGGCUGCUACCUGAAUCUGGUGCAUAUCCCCGGUCGCGAUCUGUGCAUUGUGGUGGCGCGUUCACCCUCGGACAAGCUGGUGCUGCAGACGCGCACGGAGGAGGAGCGUAUGGAGUGGGCUAGUGUCAUCUAUUGCAGUAUCCGCAUGGUAUCGCAGGGCAUCACAUCUGGCCACAUUGAAAACUUGCAACUGGAGCAAUCGCGCUUGCCGUCGAAGCACUUGUCCACCGAUCUCAAAGGAAGUUUCAAGGACCACGACCAACUUGAGUUCUAGACAUCUUGAAGACUACAGCCAUACCGUGGCAUGUACAUGUGAUCAUGAAAUAAGUGCAAGACGAUAGCAAUGUAAUAAAUCAAGCGAAUUUUUUAUUUAAAAGGUUCAACAAAGUAUCUUUCGUCAUCUUCAUCCCG